UCCCUCCUGUUGUUAUGAUUACUAAUAAUACUACUACAUCUUUGUAAUUGCCAUCAUUAUUAUCAGUAUGCACUGGCAGGUUAGCACAUAAUAAUCAAACUUUCAUACAGAGUCCAGUUAUGAGUCUUUGUGUUCAUAUAAAGAUCUCAUCCAAAGACAUUUUAUUUAUGAUGAAGGCGUGAAAAGAAUUAGACUAAACACCAAAUCUAAUCCCUACUUCAUGACAUCACACUGUUAUCAGCCUACACCUGAAUCAGAGUGUGUAUUCCUCAGCUGUGUGUGUGGCUGAAGGGUGGGUUGUACAAUAUUUCAUCACCGCAGCAGUUUACAGGCGAUCCCAGGCGGUCUCACUUCCUGUUUGCAGGGGGGGAAUUCCCUCUCAGUGUGUGAGGAGUAUAAAUACUGCAGGUCAGCACAGGUUGGCAGAACAACACUGACAGAACAACUGCCGAGAUCUUGAACACAAAUACACAACUGCUGAUCUUCUCAUCUUAUCAGAACUCUCUUGAUUCAGAAACAAACAAAAAAUGGACUCCAAGAUGCAAUGCACCGUAACCCAGAAGUGGAUCACCAAGAUGCCCAAAGGGGUGGACUUGGAGCUCGCCCAUCAUCCUCUUAAAAUGAAGGACGUGGUCAACCUCAUUAUUGCCAUAGAGAGGCUGAAGAGUGGUGCCGAAGAGUCGCUGCUGAGCACCGAGUUCAGAGAUGAGAACCUUCUCAGCAUGAUGAUGGAGAGCAUUGUGGAAGAGAAAGUUGUGUUUGAGCGCAACGUCGUUCCACCACAUCAGUUCAGCAGGACGGGCGUGCACCAGUGUAGCGUGACCGACAACGAGCAGAGGAGCUUAGUUCUGGUCCGAAACAGCAUGGAGCUGCAUGCAGUGAUGCUGCAGGGAGGCGCAGAGAACCGUAAAGUUCACCUGAACAUGUCGACCUACGUGCACCCUGCACCCAGCACUGAGGCCAGGACUGUGGCUCUGGGCAUCAAGGACACUAAUCUGUUCCUGUCCUGCCACAAGGAGGGAGAGGAGGCCACCUUGCAUCUGGAGGAGAUCGAGGAUAAAGACAGUCUGCUGAGAAUCAGCUCAGAGAGCGACAUGGUGCGGUUUCUCUUCUACAAACAGGACAGCGGGCUGGACAUCAGCACCCUGGUGUCUGUCCCCUACAAUAACUAUUACAUCAGCACAGCAAGAGAAAACAACAAGCCGGUGGAAAUGUGCCUGGAGAGCGCCCAACGCCACAAAACCUUCAAAAUUCAGCGUCAGAGUUAGAAACUGGCACCCAGAGUGAUCUGUGUCUGUUGGUCAAGUAUGACCCUCGUAAGAACAGAACAUGGGCGUUAAACAGAGUGUUAAACAUAUCCUGCUCUAAUGUUUUACAGAAUCAGCCAAUGAGACAAUGCUUUUGAUUUUUUUUAAAUGCAAGUGUCUCAUGAGAAUCUCUUUCUACUGUAUGUACUGAGUACAGAAAGUGAAAUGCUUAAUGUAUUGACAUAGUCAAGAUUUACCACAAGGUGGCAUUGUUGUGCUUUCUGUUGAGCACCCUUUGUAUUUAUUGUUCUGUAUUACAUAACACACUGCUAAUGCUUUAAUCUAUUUAUUUAUCUAUAUGUGUAACAUCAACAAAUAUAUUAUAUUUAUUUGU